GAUAAAAUUAGAUCAUCCCAUUGUGAGAUGCUCCACCCAGGGGGAGGAACCAAGUGUUCCUACCUGCAUAUAAUCUGAGGCUUGUAACAGUCACAAUCAGCCUUGUCCACUGAAUUCUCAGAGGGCAAGAGUUCCAUAACCACCACUGGAACUUCAGAGGAAGAAUAAACCCUUCUACAGGAUCCCUGCUUCAACAGAACCACAUCUAUCAUUUCAAGAGGACAGCUGCCAGCAGUUAAUUGGACUACUACCAACACCCGGACUAACAGGGUGUCAGCAGCUGUCCCAGAGCCCUGCAGAGCAAGCAGCGGGUGAUGCGCAGUGAGCUCGGAGGAUGGGCAUGGCAGGUCAUCGUGGGACAAUGUGGCUGCUUCCCGUUGUCCUCCUUUUCCUUCAGAUGAGGCAGACAGAUGGGAACCAGUGCAGUUCAAAUCCUUGUCACUAUGGUGGCCACUGUAAAGAUGGAAUUGGUUCCUACACUUGCACAUGCUUGGAUGGUUAUCAAGGCAAGAACUGUGAAUUUGUCAUACCAAAGUUCUGCAGAAUAAACAACGGGGACUGUGAGCAGUUCUGCAGCGUCCAAAGAGAUGGGCGGAAGGAUGUAUUGUGUUCCUGUGCAGAUGGGUAUGCUCUAGCAGAGGAUGGCAAACACUGUGUUGCAACAGUAAAAUACCCUUGUGGAAAAGUUUUUGUGGCAAGGAAAAAAAGAUCUGUUCUUUCACCCACUGACCAUAGCAGUGGAACAAGUGAUCAAGCAGACCUUCCUGCAAACGAAACAAGUGCGGAGGAGGACUUUGCAAUUACCACAGAAAGCCCAACGCCUCCGCCUGACAACAGAACAAGCAGCAAGACUCCGUAUGUCGAUACCAGGAUAGUUGGUGGGGAUGAAUGUCUUCCUGGCCAAUGCCCAUGGCAGGCUGUUCUGUUAAACGAGGAAGGAGAAGAGUUUUGUGGUGGAACUAUUCUGAAUGAAAAUUUUAUACUUACUGCAGCUCAUUGCAUAAACCAAUCCAAAGAAAUCAAAGUUGUUGUUGGUGAAGUGGACAGAGAGAAGAAAGAGCAGUCUGAAUCAAUGCACACUGUGGACAAAAUAAUCGUUCACUCCAAGUUUGAUGCUGAGACUUACGAUAAUGACAUUGCCUUACUAAAGCUGAAGGAACCUAUCAGAUUUUCAGAGUAUGUCAUCGCAGCGUGUCUCCCCAAAGUGGACUUUGCUAAUGAAGUUCUGAUGAACCAGAAAUCUGGGAGGGUUAGUGGCUUUGGGCGGGAAUUUGAUGGUGGACAACUCCCAAAGAAACUGAAGGUGCUUGAACUCCCCUAUGUUAACAAGAGCACUUGUGAACAAUCCACUUACUUUGUGGUAACUGAGAACAUGUUUUGUGCUGGCUAUGACACAGAGGAAAAAGAUGCUUGCCAAGGAGACAGUGGUGGCCCCCAUGUGACCAGAUAUAAGGAUACUUAUUUUGUUACUGGAAUUGUUAGCUGGGGUGAAGGAUGUGCAAGGAAAGGCAAAUAUGGUGUCUAUACCAAACUGUCCCGGUUCUUGCGCUGGGUAAGAACAGUCAUGAGUUUGUAGUGGUGGUGCGUCCCUUGCUCCUUCUUGUUAGCUGUCAAGGUGCAGGAUUGGAAAUGGAAGCUUUCUUUUCCUAUACAACUCCUAAGUUUGUUUUGAGAUCUGAUUCUUAAAGAUAUGUUCUGCUUCCAUUUGUAUUAUUGCUGGCUUUAAAGCACACCUCUGAGGACUGUGAAAGUGUUUGGAAUUGGUUGAAUGAGGGAAUGUCCCCAAGCAAAAAGGCUGCUGAGUGGGGUCUUUGGCUUCUUUGAAUUAUUUAUCAAUGGCCAUUUUGGUUCCUAUCUGCUGUCACAAGUGCUCCUACCAGAGGCUCCUAAACAUGUUCUGAACAAUCACUAGCCAUGAUGAAAGCAGGAAGGAUAGGAGUCAGUUAAUCCUCAUAGUGCAGCAGUCUGGCUCAGCAGGGAGUUUGUCCAUGCUGGAGUUGUUUAGCUUCUACCUUAAGAUGUGUACAGAAGAUUAAGAAAGCAGGGGAUUGCAUAUCUAAUUAAAAAGAGGUUUUGCUUUAUAAGGAUUGUACUUCAAUCUAGUUUAAUUUGUACACACUUCUCAUCAGAAAAAAUAUAUGUGCACAUCCACUGUUUUUUGUAUCUCGUUCUGGAUUGUGUAUGACUGAGGAUUGGAAAACUCCUUGCAUGUGUAUUGUUCUAGAUGUUUCUGUUAGGUGAAAUAUUGAUGUACAACAGCAUUUGAAAUAAACCAUUCUUUCUUUUUUGUUC